AUGCCCCCCUCAACAAUCCACAUCCUCGGCCUCGGCAACCUAGGCAAACUGCUCGCCCACUCGCUCCGAAAGCAUCACCCCCAGCUCCCCAUCACCCUGCUCUUCCACCGCGCCAGCCUGGUCGACGAGUGGAAGCGGGCGGGACAAGGCAUCGAGAUUGUGCGUGCUGGCGUGUGUGAGCGACAGAGCGGGUUUGGCUACGAGGAGAUUGGUGCUGGUGGUGUGGGUGGAGGGGGUCGGAUUGAGCAGUUGAUUGUGGCGACGAAGACGCAUGCGACGGUGAGGGCGCUGGGGGGUGUGAGGGAGAGGGUUGGGGGUGGGUGUACGGUGUUGUUUUUGCAGAAUGGGAUGGGUACAAUCGACGAGGUGAAUACGCAGAUUUUCCCAGACAAAACCACCCGGCCAAACUAUCUUGCCGGAAUCUUCAAUCACGGCGUCUAUGCGACUUCUACCUUCUCCUCUGUUCACGCGGGUAUAGCCGAUGCGGUCAUCGGUCCCGUCGUCUCAUCCCCAUCUCUCCCAUCCUCGACCGGGAAGCCCGUUCCAGACACCAGCACCCCAUCCACCCUCGCCCACCUGAUAUCCAGCUGCCCAAACCUCUCAACAACCCUCAUCCCCGCCUCCGCCCUCCUACCCGCCCAACUCCAAAAGCUCACAAUCAACGCAGUCAUCAACCCCCUCACCCUCCUCUUCUCCUGCAAAAACGGCAAACUAUUUUCCGAAACGGAAAUCAUCCCGCUCAUCGACCGUCUGGUUGCCGAAAUCUCAAAUAUUAUUCUGGCUAUUCUGGCUGACCAAGCUGCUCCUCCUACUCCUACCACCACCACCCCAUCCCACCUCCGCACCCUCGUCUACGCCGUCGGCGCCAAAACGGCAGAAAACACGAGUUCGAUGCGGCAGGAUCGGCUGGCGGGUCGGGUCACGGAGAUUGAUUAUAUCAAUGGGUAUCUUGUUGGGCAGGCGAGGAGACUGGGGGUUCCGAGUCCGCUGAAUGAGCGGAUUGUGGGGCUUGUAAAGGAGGGGGGACAGGUGGGGGUGCGGGAGAUUGGGGGGGUUUUUGGGGUGUGA